AGUGAUGUGAUGGCAAAAUGCGGGUCCAGGAAGAGACAUCGGCAUCGGUAGGGGAGGUGAAGAAUGGUGUCUCACAUGCCAGGAGCACCCAACAAUUGACCGCAUGCUUGUCCCUUCCCACGCUCAACGACUGCGGCCAUCCGAGUCCCGUGCUUCUACGGCCAAGCUGCCUCCUUGAAAGUACUACUCGUCGAGAUGCUUUUCCUGCUUCUGCUUUCCAUGGCCACGGCGAGCGUUACGGCCUCUGCCUGGCGCGUUCCCGUGCUCCCUCAUCAUACCGCAGAGCAGUCUCAGGUUCAAGUUGUCGCAAGACAGCAGAAUGUCACCGCCUGGCCAUAUGGCCCUUACCGCACCAGGGGCCGAGAGAUCAUCGAUGCCCGCGGCAUGAACGUGACUUGGGCCGGCGUCAACUGGCCUCUACACGGCGAGUCCAUGAUUCCCGAAGGUCUCGAGUACACCUCGGUGCAAUCCAUCCUAGACCGGGUCGUCAGCGUCGGCUUCAACAUCAUUCGGAUGCCGUUCGCGAUCCAGAUGAUAGACACCCUCUACGCCAACAACCAAACCGACAUCCCCUUCCCAACCAUCCUGUCUCAAGCCCUGGGGCCGGCCAACGGCAGCGCCGUGGCCGCCGGGAUCCUCCGCAACAACCCCAUCUGGACCAACCAAACGGGCAUUCUCAAGAUCUGGACCGACAUUGCGCGCAUCGCCGCCGGCAAACGGCUGCUGAUUCACCCGGACGCGCACGUGUCCCGGGCUGGCGGGUGCUGCUCGCACGUGGACGGCAAUGCGUGGUUCGGCGACACCCAUUUCCCCGUAGCCAACUGGACACGCGGUUUAAUCUUUGUCGCGCGCUGGGCGAGCAACCACACCAACGUGCUCAGCAUCGGGCUGCGCAACGAGCCGCGCGAGAGCUGGUCCUCAACUGCCGACAAUGUGAAUAACCGCGCAGAGCUGGGCUACAACUGGCUCAACCUGGCCGGCAACAUGACAAUGGCUGCCGACGCCGUCCACGCCGUCAACCCCAACCUGCUCAUGACCUGGUCCGGCAUGGGGUUUGGGCAAGACGUGUCCGCGCUCGUGACCCGUGGUAAGGAGAACCUCCUGACCGCGCCCUGCUACCGGUGCAGCGCCAUCCGCGAUGCGUAUCGUCGUGAGCCCGUCGUGUUUGACCUGUCCCAGCACCCCUGGGCGGACAAGGUGGUUUGGGAACUGCACCUAGAUGCUGCGAGCGAGGACAUGGAUACGGGAUCGUGCAGGGUCAUUGAGGCCGGGCUGUACAGGAGCGGGAUGAAUGCCCUCGGGAUCGCGCCGCCGGCGGCGUGCAAUAUCACCGGUGGUGACUGUUUGCCGGCAAAGAGGCUGACGCCGGUGGUGUUGUCCGAGGUUGGAGGACCGCAGGAUGGUAGACUUUUGAACGAUACGCUGGUGAACUGUCUGCGGCAGUAUACCGUGAGAAAUAGGGUGCCGUGGAUGAUGUGGAGUCUGGCGGGGACGUAUAGGAUUCUUUCAGGGGUUCAGGGGGCUAGGGAUAGCUGGGGAUUGCUGAACGCCACGUGGGAUGGAUUCCAGUUUCCAGAGGCCGUGGAGAGGCUUUGGAGACCGUGGGUGAAUGGGACUUACUAGCCCUUUUCUUACUGAAAGGGAUUACUUGUUUGUGUCUACCUAAGGGGGGUGUGUCUGGUGACUCCCAUCCUGUUAGUGGCUGAGAAAUCUGAGGAAAUAGGGCAGGGACCGCAGGGCGUCCUUCUAUGGUCUCUAGUGGGGCUAACCGAGUGUUGAAAGGCACAGCUAAAGAGUGGUUGUAUUGACUGUAAAGAGGUUGGAGGUUGGAGGCCAAAGCAGGUUUGAGGG